AUGUCAGUGCAGAACAGACAGUCGAUUAUACUCGAGGCACUAAAGCAUAAGAUACGGCAGAUCAAAGUCGAUCUGGAUCAGCACAAGGAGGACUACACCCGAUGCCAGGAGAAGCUGGCCAUCGAGUUUCAGAACCGCAGCAAGGCCGAAUCGGAGAACCUGCGCCUGCAGCGCCACAACACGGCCCUGGAGUGCGAAUUGGAGCGGACGCAGCAACAGCUAACCAGUCAGGCAGUCGCCUUGAGCGAUGCCCAUGCAACGCUGUUCGAAAGUGACCGUCAGCGCAAGGCCCUGGAGCAUCUGCAUCAGCACCAGGCCGACCAAAUCGAGGAAUUGCAAUGCCAGUUGGCGAAAAUGCAACGCCAGUCAGCGGACUCCGAUAAUACGGCAUUGCAGAGCGGUAAGCAGGCGGCGGCGCUGGCGGAGCGACUCGAACGAUGCGAACAGCAGUUGGAGGAGGCGGUGGCCACCAAAGCAACGCUCCAGACAGAGCUUCAGGAGGCCAGUCGAAGUGUGCGAUGUGUCGAGCAGGCGUCGGAGCAUAUGUUCCAGCAGCUGACCGCCUAUGAGCGCCAACUGCAGCAGCUGCAGGAGCGUCUGGGCGAGAGCGAGCAGCGCACCCAACGCGCCGAGAUGAGUGUGGAGGAGCUUCAGCGGGCUACCGAGCGUAUGGAGCAGCAUUGGCGCGACCAGUUGCGUCAGCUGGGUGGGCAAUGA